GUCACCUUUUUCUUGUCAAUCCAAUUCGCGAAAGAAUUGAUUGUUGUAUUUAUAAUAGAAGAUCCUUAUUUUGUAUCACAUUUUGAUACAAUUAUUAUUGUAGAUGUCAUGAUAUGCCCGAGCCUUGCCUUUAGGUAGGCACAAUGUUCGCCAGCUUGAAAAGCAAAAUAAAAGAGGAGACGGGUAGUGACAUAAGCAAAUUGACAAGCAGUUGGCGCACUGGAGCCUUUUUGGGCCGCAUAACAUUGAGAGAUGACUCGUCUACCGCCAGCCCCUCCAGUUCCGGGGGACAGGGAGACACUACGUCAGAUUCCAUAUCUCCACAACUCGAGUCCUACCUCUCAGACCGCACGGGCGGCAGAGUGGACCAGGCGGCUCUGCAGCAGCAGUACUCAUCUCAACUUGAAGCUAAGCUGAAAGAGAGAGAUUCAUACUGGGAACAGAAAAUUGAAGAGUUGAAACUAACUUUGGCAUCUGUUCAAGGUGAAGAAGCAUUGGCAGCACAGUCUGUGGCGCGAGCAGCGCAGGCCGAAGCGGCGAAGGCAGCAACGGAGCGCGAUGCGGCUCAGAAGCAACUGGUGGAGUGCCGUGCGCGCCUGGCGGCUGCUGAGCGCGCCCAGGAUCGACUCGACACGCUUACUGAAGAGAUGGAAGUAACGAGGCGGGAUUGGGCACGCGAGCGUAGCGUCGAAGCCGCGAAGUUAGGCGAAGCAGAAGCGCGCGCGCGCGAUCUUGCUGAUGAGCUGGCUGUGGUGCGCGCCGCCGCACCACCUGGCUCUGAGCAUCACCACAUGCACGACGAUGACAAACGCGAAGUAUCCCCGACCGGGUGCGAGGAGUACGACCGCGUGAGCCGCGAGCGCGCGGUGCUGGCGCGGCAGCUGCAGGAAGCCAAGAUGGCGCUGGCCGACGUCAAGACUUCAUGGAGCGGCCAGAUCGCCUCGCUCGAGACACAGGUGGCGCGACUGUCGCGCCAGGCCGGCGAGGAGGGCGCGGAACGGAGAAGAGUAGAGACCGAGAAGCAAGAGAUGCAGGAGAAACUUCUCAACAUGGCCGCCGAACUCGAGAAGGCCAAGCAGAAUCUUGCCAAUAGCGAAGCGAAGGUGGCGCGGCUGAACGGCGAGGUGCACGCGCUAGCCAUGGAGGUGAAGGGUCUCCGGAGCGCCGCCAGCCACGAGGGCGAAAAAACAAUGGAUCUCGAGAGUCGUAUAGAAGAGCUGACAGAGGAAAACCGUGAGCUGUCGGAGGCUCUCGAAAACGAACGGACGCUGGUGAAAAUCCUUCGGGAGAAGAUCGACAAGUCCAACCGACUUUACGACGAGACGAAAGUUGAAGUCAACCAUCUUAAUUCGGUGGUGACGGAUAUGCAACACGAUUAUGUGGAUAUGCAGAGGAAGUAUGACAAAGAAAAACGCGAAAAAGAUGAGGCGCUGCUCCGAAACGCACACAUGUCGCAAACGAUCGAGAUGAGCCAGUGCGACGUACGGUACCAGGAGGCGGAGAUUGCCGAGCUCAAGGCGAAAAUAGCCGAACUGGAGGUGCUUAUAGCGCAACAUAAAGAGAAUCAAGCAGCAUGUAUGCUAAUAAAGGAAAACGACGAAUCGCGGAAAGCAGAGAUCGAGCAGCUAAACAAAAAGAUUUACGAAAUGGCGGAAAGCGAAAACUCAUUCAAAAAGACUAUACAAGACUUAGAAACUGAAAUCUGUGAUAAAAAUAAGAAAAUUAAGACUUUAGACAAUCGGAUAUCUGACAUGAAGAAAACGCUACAGAGGGAACUUCAGAGCAGUAAACCUGAUUUAUUGGCGGCGGAGGAACAAGACAUUAGCAGACGGUACUUGAAGCACGUGGUGCUGCGCUUCCUGACGGCGCGCGAGCUGGAGGCGCGGCAGCUCACGCGCGCCCUCGCCGUGCUGCUGCGACUCUCCGCGCACGAGGAGGCCCUGCUCCGAGCUGCCUUACCGCCGGCCUCCCGCUCCGGACUCUCCGCCUGGUUCCCUUCGCUUAACACCUGAUAGGUCACUAUGACUUACGCCUGAUAGGCUACGGUAAAACUAACCUAAUGUUAGUUCUUUCACACUAGCGCGGCAGCAACGCCAUCCAUCGCCUUGCUGCUGCGCCUCUCCGCACACGAGGUAGCCCUGCUCCGAGCUGCAUUACCACCGGCAUCCCUCUCUGCACUCGCCGCCUGGUUCCCUUCGCUUAACACCUGAUAG